UAGGGGAACCACGCUGCCUGGAGGACAUGGCUACUUCCAGGUUACCCCCGGCGACUCUAACACUAAAGCAGUUCAUGAGAAGGCAACAAGUUCUACUUCUCUACAGAAGGAUUUUGCAAGCAAUUCGGCAAGUUCCAAAUGAUUCUGAUCGCAAAUACCUGAAGGACUGGGCAAGGGAAGAAUUCAAAAGAAACAAAGGUGCCACCGAAGAGGAUACAAUCCGGAUGAUGAUUACUCAAGGCAAUAUGCAGCUCAAGGAGUUAGAAAAAACACUUGCUUUGGCAAAAUCUUAACUGUAGCAUUAUCCUGAAAGAUUUUCAAAGUCUCCAUGUAUAUUGUUGAGCUGAUUCGACUCCAUGAUGGACAGCCUAACACCAAGUCAAACUGUACAGUACUUGGGAAAAUACAGAACAUGGAGCAUGGCAUGUCAAGGAAAAACACAUCAGAACAAUUGCCUUAACACUGAAAAAUAUACUUUGUAUUCUGAAAAUGUUUUUGGAUAUGUCAGCAGUUUAAGCAGCAAAAACCAGUACAGGUGGUCAAUGCAGAAGGUGAUCCCUACCAUUAACUACCUGGGCAAUGCAAGUCUAAACCACACUGAGACACUACCAUAUCAGCUGAAAUAACUAAUUAAAAAGAUAAUAACAAAUGGUGGUAGAGAUAUAGGAAAAUUGAACCUCUCACACAUUGCUGUGGGAAUAGAAAAUGGCACAGCCACUUUGGAAAACAGAAUGUCAGCUGCUUAAGAGAGUAAAUUCGACAGUUCUGUUCCUAGGUCUGUAACCAAGAGAACUGAAAACCUUUCUACAAAAAAACUUGUACAGGAAUAUUCACAGCAGCAUCAUUCAUACCAGCCAAAAAAUAGAAGCAAUCCCAAUGCCGAUCAACCGAUAAGUGAAUAUGAUGCCUAUAGAUUUAGUAAUAAAAAGGAAUUAAGUACUGAUACAUGCUACACAUGGAUGAACCCUGAGACCAAUUGCAGAAGAUCACUUAUUGUAGGAUUCCAUUUACAUGAAAUGUCUGAAAGAGGCAGAAAGAGGUGGUUGCUCAGGGCUGUGGAUAGCCUGGAGAGGAAUUAAAUGGCUUUGGGGUUCCUGUUCUGGGUAAUGAAAGCACUCUAAAGUUAGAUUGUGGUGUUAGAUGCACAACUCAAUAUACUCAAGUCCAACGAAUCGUACAUUUUGCAUGUAUGGUAUGUGAAUUCUGCUUCAACAAAGCUAGGUUUUUCUGAUUUUUUGUUUUUUGUUUUUUUUUUACUGAUAUACAGCAGUACUAUGCGUCAAUUAAAUAAGUCAAUAAAGCUGUUUUAAGAAGCAGUAGGAGAUUUAUGAUUGGAAGCAUACUGACCUCAGGAGAUACCCUGGACCUUUCUUGAAAACAGUCCUUCUGUGUUACCCCUCAGGGUUGUUGAGGUAGGUUCUUCAGAUGUGUUAUGAUCUCAUAGCAGAGGACUCUCCAAAAAGUCACCACUGGGAAUCUAGAUCUUUGUUGGAAAGAGGAGAGAGAGAAGCCUCAUGAACACAUUGAAGCACUUAACCAAAAAGAAGAGACAACUUCUGGAUGAAACUAAUGCAAUUACCUUAGCAUCCACAAAGAAAGAAGUAAAAGGAUCAGGGAAUAUCCUUGGUGCAUUGGGUUCUCCUCCAGUGACAGGAAGAGAAAGAGUUUUAAGAAUACAUUGAAGACAAGAAAUUGACCUGAGCACAUUUUGAGACCAAAAUGUGUAACACAGUUUAGUGAAAGCUUAUGGAAGAGGCUGGAUUGACAGUCCUUCAGACUGACCUCUGUUCAUUUACAGAACAGAUCUAAAAAAUUAAUCCAAGAACCUGACCAACACCUGGAAAAUGUAGGAAAAAUUUUGCAGAAUGGUUACCUAGUACUGGAUUGUGUGCCAAAGGCAAGAGAAGCAGAUAGUGGCAUUUGUCAAUGACUUACAUUAUUGCCAGGGUCCACCUGACCCUUCCAUAACCUCAAAGCCUGCAAGAAAAAAUCAUUUUUCAACAGGGUAAUCGAAUUCAAAAUGCAUGAGCUAAUUAUCAGGUUUGUAUAUAGGUGUACACAUUAGUCAACCUAUCACAAGGCCAUGUGAUGAACCAGAAGCACUUGUGAAGUUUCUAAACACAGAAUACUUUUCUUUGUACAGCAUGAUAUACACACUCAAGUUAGGCUGUCUCUAAUAAAUCUAAGAUCUUGACACUAAAAAUCAUCCUUUUAUGAGGUGUAGAAGUCAGUGACCUGGGUGACGUUUUUACUAGCACUGGUGUAUGUCAAAGAUGUAAGUGCAUUUGUGGUUUAAAUUUGCAAGAUGCAAAAAUGCCAAGAAAAUCUAACUUGGGUUUGUUUUGAUUGUUUAAAUUGGGCAAAACACUGCAAAUUUUCAUCUUCCAGAGGUUAGGAUUUUUAUAAUCUUAUAUAAUGACAAGACUUUAGCGCUAAAUAAAUCUUAGUCUAAACAACAACUUCUCCUCUCACAUAUGGAACCAUGCUCGUUAAGAUGUUGGCCAGAUUAGAACUGCUGGUGAAACACAUUUAGCAUCCUUAUCAGUGUUCUAGAUUAGACAACAAAUUACCUUUUUGGAUAUUCCCUAUAAACCAUACUCUUAAAAAAACAACAACAAAAAAAGCGUUUAUUUGAGAGAGAGUGAGUGCAUGCAGGGGAGGGGCUGAGGGGGAGAGAGAAUCCCAAGCAGGCCCCACACUGCACACUGUCAGUGCAGAGCCUAAAGUGGGCUCAAUCUCACAAACCAUGAGAUCAUGACCUGAGCCAAAAAUCAAGAGUGAGAUGCUUACCUGACUGAACCAACCAUACUCUGGUGAGUAUUCAAGUUUUGUUCCUAAGGUUUAAUUUUCAGAUGUUUGGAUGUUCAAUUUAUGUAUUUGAACUACAGUAAGUCAAAUCUUCAUAUUAAAAAAAAUAUUUUUUUUUUUAAUACAAAAGCAUUCUAGCAUGAGGAGAAGUGGCUAGGGCUAUUUGCAUACUAACUGUCCCUACGUCAUUUCCUCCUUUUAAGUCUGCCAUCGCGUAGGAAAUUCAAAACCAAGGCACAGGCAUUGCUGCGGAUGUGCCUGCAGAGCAAAGGGCUUGAACAUUUUGAGGAAAGCAGAACAUUCUUCCUGGUAUUUGUAUUAUUGUAGACACACCAGCAGCCAUGCAGGAGAGGGGGGAGACCCACACUUACCUAACUUGUCUCUUUUAUGGAAGAACAAUGUGGCCAAACAGAGGGAUGCAGCUCACGUCUACUGUGGGAAAAAAUUGAGCUUACGUAGAGUUAAGGUCCAAGCAGGCUCAAAAGCAAAUGUCACUUUGCCAAACUAGAAAUCGCCCAGCCGGUUUCCUUCCUUCAGUCAGGCAUUUAAGAAAUUCUGUCAGAAUUAAAUUUACUAUUUGUGUUUACUAUGUCACUUUUUUACCCAUUCUGUUUUGCAUUAGAAAAAGUGUUGUGCUGUUUCUUAGGUGUCUCAUGGAUUUAAUGUUAACAUUUAUUGUCAUGGUAUUUUGACAGUAUUACAGAAGAAUAUUUCCCUUUAAAAAUUUUUCUUACGCAUAAGUAUUCUAAAAGGUCAGUUUUGUUUGCCUUUAAAUCUUAUUUAAUUGAUUUGGCUUUUAUAUCACAAGAAGAAAUGUAUUUAGCUUUUAUGAACAGUUUUGUCAAAAAUGUUAUUUUGCCUGCACACAAUUAAGAGGUUUUGUUCUGUUCAAACUGUUGACCUUUUAGAAAAUACUAAGCAAAACAUUUAAGCUUGCACUAAGAAGUAUUUCCAUA